AUGAUGUCUAUUCUUGUAGCGCUAAUGUCGCUUUGCUGCCUCCGCGGUCCAUCUAUCUCCCUCGCCGGCAUCUUCAUGACUAUAAGUAGACGACACUGGCUCCUCUCCCUACCUACUCAACUCCCUAUGCAUAUACUCUUAAUCACACUUGUAACCUCACUCACGACGCGCUUCCCCACUCUUGCCUCGACCACCUCCCUCGCCACUUUCGUCAUUGCCAACUCGGUGGAUCUCGAAGUCAGAGACAACUGGGCCAAGGUCGUCUCCUUCAGUGACGAUCUUUGCAACUCAGACCAAAGCACCUUCGAGGUGACCGGCAGCGCCAUCCAUUUCACCAACAAGCGAUCCAUCAAAGUUCUUCAGAAGAGUGACUGUACGAUAAAGACGUUCAGCGGGUCAAACUGCGGUGGCAGCCACUUUAAUCUUCCCGAUGGCGACCUUGACUGCCAUUCCGUCUUGCAUGCGUCUGAGACUUCACUGAUACUCUACCGAUCAAGCACUUCGAGUAGCGCCCCCUUGCGGCCGCCUUCGACCUUUGCGGCCGACCUCUAUGGUCAAUCUUUCUGGCUAGCGCUGCGUGUGACUAACUACGAUCCUUCAACCUCUCUCACGACCAUACCAGAGGAAGAGGAUGAAACAGGAGGAACAAAUGGAUAA